AUGGACUCUAUUGUGUCCUUCGUUCUGUCAGAGAAUCCACUGGGAGGAUCUAUACCGAAAACUCUGGGGAAAUUGAGUGGACUACAGGUACUUGAACUUGUUGGUAAUGAGCUUUCAGGGAAGAUUCCAAUUGAGCUUGGCAAUGCCACGGAAUUGACAACAAUUUUGGUUUCUAGGAACAAGUUGAUUGGCUCAAUUCCAGAAGAGGUACUGAAUCUGAAGAAUCUUCAAGUGUUUGAUGUGUCUUUUAAUCAGUUAAGUGGGAAAAUCCCUCCCCACAAGGCUGUUAUCCCUGUGUCUGCAUUUAUGAAUAAUCCUGGCUUGUGCGGAGCUCCACUUCCUCCUUCUAACUUUGCAUGUUCUAGUGCUUGUCUGCAGCGCAAAGGCCAACGGCUUUCUCUUCCCAACUCACAAACUCAGUCUGACUCUGUAGAUUUUAAAGCACAAAGAAUUCAUUGGGAUGCUUCACCGAUGCACACAAAUGCAGAGCUUACCACCACCAUCAACAACACUGGUUUAGGCUCAAAUUCGUCCUGUAACACAAGAUAUGUAGUGAAAUCAGAUCCAACAAGGUGGAAUUCGACGGCGCAAUCUGCAGUCAUGGUUUGCAACUCAUGGCCGCCGACGAGCUCGCAGGCGGUGAUGCAAAGCAUUGGUCAAACUUUCUUGUCUCCAACGAGAAUGGAAUACUGCAUUGCUUCUUGGAUCAUUGGAGGGUCUUUGAUUGAGACGGCAGUGUCCAAGGCUCUGUUUACGGAAUUGGCCUUUUCAACCAUAUAG